GGGGUGCAGCAGCGCUGGAGGGACCACUGGAAGCAAUGCUGGGCGCAGCUGGCGGAUGAAGCACCUGCCGUGCUGUGCGGUGACGUGCUGCGUCUGAGCUUCGAGCACGACGAUCUUAACAUGCGCACCAAGAUGCUGCCGCCACAGCGCCCGCCAUCACCCGGCCUAACUGCGUCCGCAGCAGCCGUUGCGGAUGGGGCGGCGGAUGCACCACCGGCGGCUGCGGCAGCAGAGGCGGCAACGGCAGCUGCCGUGGAGGGCGGGCUGCGGGCGACGCCCCGCAACGCGAAGGAGGUGCUAGCGGCGCUGCAGGCGGAGGCGGAGGGGCAGCAGCUGAUGCCGCUGCUGAGCUGGCUGGGGCCGCAGGCGCUGCUUCAGUUGGGCGACGCGAACCGUCUCACUACCUUUGGUUCGGCUCUGCAAGCGGCGCUGUCCGAGGCUGGGCCCGCACCUGUCAGCGGUAGCAGCAGCAGCAGCAGCGGGGGC